GCCCCUUUGAUGUGGAGCCCGCAGAGAAAAGGUCGGCAUACAUUGAUCUUUCUACCUUGAUGUGUCGCAUGUGGUUGAGCUUUUCUAACACCCAUUGGCCCAACUCUCACGGCGUCUCCGGCUUCAACGUCACAUGGCCGAAAUACACCUUCGAAGAGCCCAUCAACAUGGUGUUCGACGCGGUGAAAUCGUCCCACCUCGAGAUCAACGAUUUCUGUGCCGAGCCGAUACGACUCUUGUGGGACGAGGCGUUUGCUUUCUCGCAUUAGGGUAGCUGUCCUUGCCUGCAGACGGAGCAAAUCCGGGUAGAAUAUGUUUGGCACGCCCUAUCGUACCGAAGGAUAUAUAUUUGGAACAUGAUUAACAGGGUAAAUCAAGAAGAAGAAGCACAUUAUCACAGUAGUAGGUAAGAAAUGAU